AUGCCUCCUGAAUUGGUUUACAAAAUCCUCGACGACAUACCACUGGCGUAUCUUCUCCAAUUAAUUUGCGAUCAAGAUAUUCCGCACCUCGAACAUUGCAUAACAUCCCAUCUGGUGUUAGGGAAGGUUUUCUCUGUGAAGUAUUUGGCAGAGAUUAAGGCGCUGUAUUCUCUUUACCUCCGUGUCUGUUAUUUGGUUUAUGGAUAUUAUCCUUUGUACAUGGACUCUUUGAGGUUCGACGGUAGAUCUUUCACCAAAGCACACCACGAUCUGCUUGAGGAAGAAUGGGGUGUGGCAUCGCUGCGUUUGCAAGAUUUCUUCAGAUCUGCAAUCAGAGCAUCCACGGUCAAAAUCCUAUACGCCUAUGAAUAUUCGCUCCCUGUAUUAACCCAUUACGCACCACGCACCAUUGGACCGAAAUCAUCCUGGGAAGUAACGUCGGUAGACAGUUUAAGGGAAAUUUUCGAAAAUCUCGAUGCGGCGGAGAUGAAGCUUAAUUCGAUCAAAUUCGCCCAGCUUAACCGUAUGGCAGCUAUAGUCCAGACAUACCCCGCAAUGGUGAGAACUCUACGGGACCUUGGCCAAGAUCAUCAUAGGAACGACCAGCACUUGAUUGACAUGCUGCUUCGACGGGCAAGAGAUAUGCAAAAGCGGCAAAUAGCAAAGCAGCGCAUUGUGGCAAAAUGCGUAUUUCACACUCGCCGCUUAUACCUGGUCCCACACGAUAGGUUAGAAGAAUGGUUUUGCAUAAAAGCAACGGGAGUAGCUGACUCUAGCUUCAUGCAGAUUACUCAGAUUAUUCUUGAAGACACUGGAAAAGUUUCCAUCGAAGGAUGCUAA